CGCAGCAUCUGCAUGGAUGAUUUCUUUUAUAUUUGAACAUAUCAAUGAUUACUUUUACAGUUUUCACUGGGUAAGGGAACAGAAGGAGUGUUGAGCUCCCAUGGCAGCAUCCUGGUAUUGAAGCUGCUGACUUAUACAGUUUAAGUGUGGCUUGUUUCAAAGCAAUCGCAAGCAACCACAGUCGUGUUGUGAUUUCCCGAAACAGUCACGAUAUACUUAUAGAUGAAUUGACAGUUCUACCGACGAUUUCUUCGAAAUGAAACAUAUUUUAUUAAUCUUUUGCUUCAUAUUUGCUGCAUCCAACAGUUUUGUGGAAUCUGCAUUGAGUGACAAGCCAAAGAUUGUGACCACAGAUGGACAUUUGAAAAUCCAGUCUGCAGCCAAUAGGAAUAUUAGUUUAGAAACUGACGCAAGUGGAGAUGUCAAUCUUGGGGGAACUAGUGUCAAGUCAAUGCUCAAAACGAUCUCCUCUUUGAAAGAUCAAGUUACAAGACUGAAGCAGCAAGUAUCUCAAGGUGGAAUAUGUGCCCAAGACAAUACUGGCAAUAGCUGUGGUGCCCAUGGCGUAUGUGUGCCUACAACUGCCGCUGCCAGCAAUGGGACUGGUUACAGAUGCAUAUGUGACCCGGGAUGGCAAGGCACCAAGUGUGACAAGCGAAUAUCCACAAACCCUUGUGGUAAUGUUCUUUGUCUGAAUGGAGGUACCUGUGAAAAUAAUUCUGGCGCACCUGUCUGUAAAUGUAUCAACAGGUUCUUUGGACCAAGGUGUAACUUACAGCAACCAACAACCUGCAACAAGAAUUUAUCCGACGACCAGGGUAUUGUCAGUUCAUCUGGCUACCCGGACGCUUACCCACCAAAUGCCGACUGCACAUACCGGAUCCAUUCGAACCCUGGAACGAUCAUCCACCUUUCCUUUUCCGCGGUCAGCCUGGAAAAUUCACCCAGUUGUACCAAAGAUUACAUCGAGAUUCGCGAUGGUGCCGCAGCUUCGAGCCCGCUUCUCAAAAAAGUUUGCAGCCCCCUCUCCAGCAUCGAAUCAACUGCCAAUGAUAUUUAUAUCAGAUUUGUCACCGAUGGAAGCAACCAAAUUGGAGCUGGUUUCUCCCUUUACUACUUUGUCAAGAAAUCAGGCGUUUGUGGUGACACAUUGACAUCAGAUAGCGGGUCGAUUUCAUCGCCUAGCUGGCCCUCUUCUUACUCAAAAGCCACAUCAUGCACCUGGCUCAUCAAAAUGCCUUCUACAGAACGCGUUUCGUACACAGUUUCCCAGCUUGUGAUCUCUGGUUCAGCAUCAACAUGUAGCAGCUAUCUAGAGCUUCACGAUGGUCCAACCGAGUCUUCACCCAUCAUUGCCAAACUUUGCUCCCAUACAACAUUGCCAAGUGCAAUUACAACAUCGAGCAACCUGUUUGUUAAGUUUGUCACUGAUGGCUCCGGGAGCUUGUUUAAACUUGAUUACACAACGCCCUGUGGUGGCAACAUCACAUCUCCAUCUGGCACAAUUCAGUCGCCUUACUUCCCCAACUUCUACCCACACAAGAAGAAAUGUACAUGGACAAUAACUGUACCGGUUGGCAAUGUUAUCACGCUGAGAUUCCCAAAUUUCGACGUUGAGCCAAGCACUAACUGUGUUUACGACUAUGUCGCGGCCUACAACGGCCCAACUACAAGAUCACCUUUUCUUGGUCGGUAUUGCUCAUCGAAUCCUCCUACGGCCAUCACUACAAGUAUGAACCAACUCACCCUACUGUUUAACACAGAUGGUGCCGAUUCUUUUAGAGGAUUUCGAGCUACUUACACAUCAGCUCCUGGCGGCUGUGGAGGAGCAGUUACUGGUUUAGGCGGGAAUUUUUCGAGCCCAACUGAUGCAACGAACUAUCCACACAGUAUCCGCUGCAUAUGGACGAUAACUUCUUCAGACAAAAAGCGCAGCGUGCAGCUCCAUUUCCUUACAUUCAACCUGGAAGCAGAUUCAAGAUGCAUGUACGACUAUGUAAUGUUCAGAGACGGGGCCCUAGCAACAUCUCCAGUCUUGUACAAUAACACAAACGGCGGUCGAUUUUGUGGCAACGGCAAGCCACCAACAGUUACCUCAUCUGGUGAAAGUCUAACUGUGUCAUUCAUAACAGAUGUCUCUAUUGCAGCAGUAGGAUUCUCAGCUGUCUGGGUCACGGUACCAAAAACUAGUGGCUGUGACCGAUACUUAGCGACUCCAACUGGGUCCAUCACAUCACCUAGCUACCCAAAUAACUAUCCUCACAGAUCAAAUUGCAAGUACACCAUUGGAAUUGCUUCUGGCCUUCAAAUUGCACUAGUGUUCCAGGAUUUCGCCCUCGAAGCCCAUUCCGAAUGCAGAUACGACAACCUCAAGGUUUAUGACGGAGGCAAUAGCACAUCGCCACUUAUCGGAACAUUUUGCGGUACAAGAGGCCCUGGACGUAUCGUUUCUACUGGCAAUAUGCUUCAUCUUGAAUUCAAUACAGAUUUCUCAGGCUCAGCAAAGGGUUUCUUCGCCAACUACACCACUGGAUCAGCAUUAUGCGGUGGCAUGUUGUAUUCAUCUUCUGGAUUUAUUCGAUCACCCAACUACCCACAACCCUACCGACAUCGUGCAACCUGCGUUUGGGUGAUCAAUGUUGCUGUUGGCAACAUAAUCAGUGUCAACGUUACCGAUCUUCAAAUCGAGACAAGCACGGCCUGUAGAUACGACAACGUCGCUCUGCGUGAUGGAACUAACAGUUCUGCUGCUUUGAUAACGAGACUGUGUGGAAGUGCAAGACCUUCUACCUUAUUCAAGACGACCAAUAAUGUUUUGUAUGUUGUCUUCACUUCGGAUGCGUCCAUCAGUGGGCGUGGAUUCGAACUACGCUAUACAUCAGGUUGUGGAGGGGUGUAUAGAGACCUCACUGGAGUUAUUACGUCACCAAAUUAUCCAAACAACUAUCCGAACAGACGAUCGUGUAACUACACAGUCCUUGGAAAUGUCGGCGAUGUUAUCCAAGUCAACUUUACAUAUUUCCGAACAGAAACGUCUUCAACAUGCCAGCAUGAUUAUGUCAGUGUCUACAAUGGCUCCUCUGCAAGUGCUCCCAUGAUUGGCAAAUAUUGUGGUGUUCAGUCUUCAUUCAGUGUCAGAUCAACUGUUUCAAGCCUCUUUAUGAUGUUUAGAUCUGACUCAUCACUCAAUUAUAGGGGAUUCUCUGCGAACUAUGAAAUAAUCGGUUGCAGUGGUGUAUACACCGCAUCAAAUGGAACAGUGACGUCACCAAACUAUCCAAACAACUAUCCGAUUAACCGAAUUUGCAAAUCCAGAAUCAGGGUUGCCAGUGGAUUUAGGGUGCAGCUUAAUUUCAGCGAAAUAGACGUCGAGACGCAUCAAACAUGCAACUACGACUUUGUCAAAAUUUACAAUGGUCCGGACGAGACAGCCCCACUUCUUGGAAACUACUGCAGUCGCCAUGCUCCAGCAAGUCUGACGUCAUCUUCCAACGAAGUUCUUAUUGUUUUUAGAUCUGAUAGCUCCAAUACUGGAAGAGGUUUUAGCACACGUUAUACAAGUGUCAGUGGAGGUUGUGGAGGCUUUCUCACCUUUUCAAAUGGGUACAUCUAUUCACCAAACUAUCCUCAAAACUACCCAGUGAACACCCAGUGUGUCUGGGUCAUCACCGUACAAACUGGUCACAACGUGCAGAUCAACUUCACCGAUUUCGAAAUGGAAGCGCACAGCUCUUGCAGCUUUGAUUACAUUCAAAUUACUGACGGGUAUGGAGCAAAUGCAACAGAGCUAGCAAGAGGGUGUGGGACGACCAGCCCUGGUUUCACGCAAUCAACGGGCAAUGUUAUGAUUGUCAAGUUCCGAUCGGAUGCCUCAGUGACAAGGAAAGGCUUCAGGGCCUACUAUAAAACAGGAUGUGGUGGCACGGUGAACGCAGAUAUUCCCGGCGUAAUAACAUCGCCGAAUUACCCACGAAAUUAUCCUCACAAUACCGAAUGCAUUUGGCUGUUACGAGGAACGCCUGGUCGCCAGAUUACUUUCACCUUUACGAAUUUCGAUAUUGAAUCACAUUCAUCUUGCCGUUACGAUUUUGUCGAAGUUCGACAAGGGGAUAACAGUAACUCGUCGCUGGCGGGAAGAUACUGUGGAACAAACUUGCCUAACACGGUGACGUCAUUCGGCAACUCAUUAUACGUGCGAUUCUUAUCUGACACCUCAUCAAGCGGAACUGGGUUCAGAGCCACAUAUACAACUGCAACUUCAGCUUGUGGGGGAACAUUUACCGCCCUUAAUGGCUCCUUCGCAAGUCCAAGCUAUCCAGCCAGCACACCAGCAACAGCUGACUGUCUUUGGAAGAUACAGGUUGCACCAGGCAGCAUUAUCGACCUCAGGUUCACAACGUUUAACAUCCAGCAGUCUUCUUCUUGUUCAGAUGCGUAUUUAGAAGUCCGCGAUGGCCCUCUUGCUUCUUCCAAUCUAAUCGGCCGGUACUGCGGCAGUUCGCUGCCGCCGAAUGCAUAUUCAACUCGUGAAAACUUAUAUGUCAGGUUUUACCACAACGCAGCCAGCGGAAGCCCUGGCUUCCAAGCAACAUUUGGUGCAGUCUGCGUCAACACUAUAACAUACACUCAGGGAUAUAUUGCCUCGCCCCGAUGGCCUGCCUCUUAUCCAAAUAGUAAAGAAUGCAGAUGGACGGUCACAGUUCCUGCUGGACGAAGAAUCAGUGUUCGUUUCACUGAUUUUGACCUUGAAGAUCAUUCCAGUUGUAACUACGAUUUUUUCGAGGCUCGUGACGGGAAUCUUGCAACAUCAACUUUGCUCGGAAAGUACUGCGGAACCCAGAAUCCUGCUGCCUUUAGCUCGACUUCAAACUCGUUAUUCUUGAAAUUUAAAUCGGACUUUUCAACAACUGGCAGAGGAUUCCGGCUCUACUUUGAUGCUGGUGCACCGACAACACCGUUGCCAGGCUGUGGAGGAAUUUUUGCCGCGUCAAACACUCUACAGUACAUAAGUACCCCAAAUUACCCACAGAAUUACCCUAUCAGUGUCACAUGCACUUACGUCAUCAAUGCUGUCAAUGGACAUACAAUCCUCAUGAACUUCACGGACUUCGCCCUUGAAUCUGGAUUUGGAUCAUGCAAUGCUGACUAUGUCCAGCUGAGGGACGGAGCUACGUCUUCAGCUCCAAGUUUAGGCAGAUUCUGUGGGAUAAGAUCCUCGUUUACAGUUCAUACUUUAACAAGCUCCUUGUACGUCCAAUUUGUUAGUGAUUAUUCAAUUGUAACAAGAGGAUUUCGCGCCAGUUAUCAAAUGACUUGUGGUGGAACGCUAACAGCAACAACUGGAAUUAUUAAACCUCCGACUACGGGCGGACAGUACUUACCGAACCAGAACUGUACAUGGCAGGUAACCGUAACAAGCGGUACAAAGAUCAGACUGACAUUCACCCAAUUUGCUAUCGAAGGAAGCACAGGCUGUACAAAGGAUUACAUACUCGUGAGAAAUGGUCUAGCUGCAGAUUCGCCCAUUAUAGGCCGUUACUGUGGUUCUACUACACCAUCUCCAAUUGUAACUAGCAGUAACAGAGUUUCUGUGCAGUUUGUAACUGAUGGAACAACCCAGUCAUCCGGAUUCAUGGUAAACUAUACCCAGUUCGUUCAAGGCUGUGGAGGGCAACUCAGUAUUUCAGAUCCUCUGGCAAUAGGAAACCUAUCUUCGCCAAAUUACCCUACGAAUUACCCAAUUAAUAUAGAAUGUACAUGGGUGUUGAAUGUGCCGGCUGGAGACACCAUCCUGUUUACCUUUGUGGACUUGGAUAUUGAGACAGGUGCCGGUUGCAGGUGGGACUAUGUUGAGCUUAGAGACGGUGGCACGUUAGGUAGCAACUCGUUGGGUAAAUUUUGUGGCAGCAGUGUGCCAACACCGGCACGCUACAUCUCAACUGGGAACCAAUUGUUCGUUAAGAUCAGAUCGGAUGCAUCCGUCACUGGGCGUGGUUUUACAGCUUCCUGGAAAAUAGGUUGCGGAAGGACAUUUACCGCUGCAAGUGGCACAGUUACGUCUCCUGGUUUCCCAAGUACAUAUCCAAACAACAGGGAUUGCUCAUACACAAUACAGAUCCCAGAAAACAAGAGAAUCCAGUUGGACUUCAACGUUCUCAGUGUUGCUUCUUCUCCUCCCCAGUGUACUUCAGAUUUUGUUGCUAUUCAUGACGGCAUGAAUACAAGUGCUCCCCUGUUGAGCAAACUAUGUGGAAACACUUUACCAUCUUCCAUUCUUACAAGUGGAAGGAAUGUGCUUAUAAGGUUCAAAUCUGAUUCAUCUGGGGUCGGUAAUGGAUUCAGAGCUGUGUACCAAACAGUCGGCGUUGCUUGUGGCGGAAGUUUGUCUGGAGACACUGGCACAUUUACGAGUCCCGACUACCCGCGUGCCUACCCGCGCUCAAGAGUUUGCACCUGGGUUAUUACUGCACGAGCACUGCAUUCUGUUCAACUGAGGUUCACCACAUUUAACAUGCAGACAGGAGCUCCUUGCAAUACUGAUUACGUUGAAGUUCGUAAUGGCGACAGUGAAGCUAGUCCUCUCAUUGGCCGAUACUGCGGUAGUGCUCUCCCCGCGCUGCUUAACUCCACUGGUACAAAAAUGUUUGUCAAAUUCGUUUCAAACUCGGAUUCUACUCAGCUAUCUGGAUUCUCAGCUACAUACAACUCAUACCUUGCUGGCUGCGGUGGUAACUUGAUAGCUGAAGCAGGGAACAUAACCACCCCCAACUACCCCGGCAAUUACCCAACAAGGGUGGAAUGCGUUUGGGUUCUCACCGUUCCAAGCGGAAGUAUUUCAAUAAUUUUCACUGAUUUCUUGAUAGAAGACCACUCGAGUUGUAACUACGAUUUUGUUGAAAUUAGGGAUGGCAACACAAACACUUUCCCUCAAGUUGGAAAGAUCUGUGGAUCAACUGGCUUAGGCUUUAAUUACACAUCCCUCGGCAGAUCGUUGUACAUCAAAUUCAGGUCUGAUUCGUCCGUGACCUCCCGUGGUUUCAAAGCUUCGUGGACAAACGCGGGCUCUGGCCAAGGACAAUGUGGUGGUAUUCUUCCCGUGGCAACGUCUGGAGAAAUCACGUCACCGUCAUACCCAUCACCCUACCCACCCAAUCUGAACUGCAUUUGGCUGAUACAGGUCACGACCGGCUUCCAGGUUACUGCAACCUACACUGAGAUCGACAUCGAGCCUUCUUCGCAAUGUACUAAAGACUACAUUCAGCUGCAGAAUGGAGCCGUGUCAACGUCUCCUUCGCUGCACAAGUACUGCGCAAGGACAUUACCGGCUCCGACUUCCUACCGUAGCUCAAGCAACAUCAUGAGGGUUACAUUUAAAACGGAUAGCGCUGGAAACGGACGUGGAUUUAGGCUGCGCUACAACCAGACAUUAGAAGGCUGUGGUGGCGUGUUGAAUGCUCCGCAGGGUACGAUUGUCAGUCCAGGCUUUCCAAACAACCAUCUCCACAACCUUGAGUGUGUUUGGAUCAUCAAUGUUCCAUCAGCGGAUAGAAUUGUUCUUUACUUCAAUGGGUUCAACCUGGAGAAUGGAGCAACGUGCCAGUACGACUACCUAGAGAUCCGGGACGGCGGAAGCAGCAGCUCUACCCUUUUACAAAAGCUUUGCGGUCAAAAUGUUCCCGCACCUGUCAAAUCUUCAGGAAACUCUUUGUACCUUCGUAUGCGAACUGAUCAGAACACUGCAUUGCAAGGGUUCAAUCUUACCUACUCCACAGACUGUGGUGGCAACAUCUUGAGCCGCAGCGGAGUAAUCGAAUCACCAAGGUAUCCAAACGCAUAUCCUCCAAACAAGGACUGUGAAUGGGGAAUCCAAGUGACUUCACACUACCGCCUGAAGCUCACCUUUUCACAGUUCUCACUGCCAGCUCCUGGUGUUGCUGGUUGUGAUGAUUAUGUUCAAGUCAGAAAUGGCACCACUGCUGUGACACCGCUAAUUGGAACAUACUGCAACCGAGGACCAUCUCUGCCUAUCCAGACCAUGUCCAAUCAGAUGUAUAUGAAGUUCCACUCUGAUAGCAGCACCAAUUCAUACACGGGAUUCAGUGCUGCUUUUGAAGCAGUGUGUGGAGGAAUCAUUACCGAUACUAAUGGAGUGAUCAGCGCGGCACCAAAAACAAGCGGAGGCUACCAUCAUAACGAGAUAUGCACUUGGCUUAUUCGAUUCCCUGUGGGACAGCGCGUUAGUAUUCAGUUCACGAGCUUCCGGCUAGAGUAUACCGCUGGCUGUCUAUAUGACUAUCUGGAAGUUAGAGAUGGCGAUAGUAUCGGAUCACCAAUUGUGGGUAGAUUUUGCGGCUCAAUUGUGCCACCCCCAUUUAUCAGCACAGGCAAUACGCUGAAUGUGACAUUCGUUACCGAUUAUUCAAUCAGUUUUGAUGGAUUUUCAAUGAGAUACACCAAUGCCGGACCAGCCUGUGGUGGAGAUUUGAAUUCGACAACAGGAACAAUAAGCUCGCCAAAUUACCCCAACGCGUAUCCACAUAACGAUGUCUGUGGUUGGGUCAUAAGAGCUCCGGCUGGCCAGAAAAUCAGAAUCUCGUUCACAGCAUUUAGUCUUGAAAGUCCAACCGGGAACACUUGCCACGAUUUCUUAGAAAUCAGAGAAGGAAGAUACCCAACUUCGCCUCUCUACCGAAGAUACUGUGGUAACAAUGGACCAGGAACCGUUACUAGCACUGGGCCCUCGAUGUUCAUAAGAUUCCAUACAGACUCAAGCAUCAAUUCAACUGGUUUCACGGCUACUUACCAAUUUGUACAAGGCUGUGGUGGACGACUAACCGCCGACACGACCGCAAAAACCUUUACCAGCCCAAGCUACCCCAGCAACUAUCCAGCCCCUGCUUAUUGUGAAUGGCUUAUCACAACGGAUUCUGGCUACAAAAUCCAGCUGACAUAUAAUGAUUUCCAACUGCCGGCUGCUGUCAACGGUCAAUGUGGCAGUAACUACCUCCUCGUUCGAAACGGACCGUACGGAAGCUCGUCAGUAGGAAAUCGCCUCUAUUGCGGAUCAACAAGACCACCUCAGUUUAUAGGAGAUACCACGGCAUUAAGAGUGAUAUUCAAUGCAUCAACAAGUGCUAAAGGAUUUUCAGUUUCUUACCAAAAAGCAGCUUGCGGUGGCACAUUUAUGGCGAACAAUGGAAUGAUAACAUCACCGAAUUACCCAUCAUUCCACCCUGUUGAUAUCGAAUGUGUGUACAAGAUCACAGUGCCCGUAGGCAACAAGAUACAGAUGUAUUUCAGGGAAUUUAACAUCGAGGUUCAUUCAAGAUGCCAGUACGACUAUCUGGAGAUACGAGAUGGUAGCAGUGACAGUGCAACGUUGGUUGGUAACAGGACAUGGUGUGGAAACGUCCUACCGCCCUCAAUUGUCAGUAGCAGUAAUAAUUUAUACAUGAAAUUCAAGUCAGAUCCUUCUAUUACAACUGCCGGUUUUGCUGUUUCCUAUACAUCGUCUACAAGAGAUUGUGGAGGAGACUUGAACAGCAAAUUCGGAGCAAUCACAAGUCCAUUUUACCCCGUGGGAUACAAUGACAAUUAUAACUGCCAGUGGAAAAUAACUGUUGGUGUUGGAAAGAGGGUCCACUUGAAGUUCUCUGAUUUUAAUCUACCCUAUUCUAACGCAUGCUCCACAACAGAUUACGUGGAGAUUCGAGACGGAGGCAGCUCUGUAUCCACACUCCUUGGCCAGUUCUGCUCAGACACCAUCCCAGCCUCUCGUAACACAACGAGCAAUCAGCUGUAUAUCACUUUCAAAAGUUCUCUUAGGACCACCAAGUUCAGGGGCUUCCGGGCCACAUUUGACGAAGUAGCCUAGAGCCGUUAAAAGUGACCGUUUUUAGAUCAAAGCAUCCUCUCUGAUUACCUAAAUUUUAGCAUAAAAUGCAUCCUGGAUGCAUUUUCAUUUUGAUAUAUUGAAGUUUGCCGUCCAAUUCAAUGACGGCUGAGGGUUUAGGUAACAUAGAAUGGUUAACACUUCAUUUAUAAUCGUAAAUUAAAUUAGAUUAAAAACCAAAUAGUUUUUCUAUUAUAUUUUUUCUAAUGUUCAUAAUCUCCAUCUGUGUUCUGGGAGUCAUACUCCCUAAAUCGAAGUAUAUAUUAUUUGUGCUUGUUUGGGAUAAUUAGAAUUCGAAGUGGGAUCAAUUUCGUUCCAUCCUCAGCUAUUUUAAGCAUUUUAGAAAAGUUGUCGUUUUGUCAUCAUAAAAAAUUCCUUUGAUAACAUAUUAUCCAUUUCUCCCCAAUGUUUGAAAAUGUAAAAUUUGGAAAAUAUUGUCUAGCAUUAUCCUCUGACCUUUCUCUUCUGAACUCCCCCCUUUGGACUCUCUCCUCUGAACUCUCUCGUCUGAACCCUCUCCUAUGAACUCUCUUGUAAAAAAUCUAUAUCCCCUGUACGUCUCCUUUUUCAUAUUUCAUGCGCACAUAUCCAGAGCCUUUCAGAAUUAGCUGGUCACGUGUGUACCACCCUUCCAGAGUUGAAGUGUUUGAUUCUCUGUUUUAUGGUAUUUGGUGAUAUAAUUACAGGUGUUUGUAUUUGCGGACAAGAUGCUUAUAUUUUGAACAAAUUACGAAAUUAUUAUUGUAAAUCUAUUUUUACUCUCAGUUUUUAAUAAUCUCGCACCUUACGUUCAUAGAAGUUUUUCAAUAUGCUGCACACUCUAGGGGAUUUUAAUUGUUUCUUAAAGGUUAUUGUUAAUUAGUGAUGAACUUUUUAAGUUUUUGGUGUCCCAUAUUAUUCGAAUAAAGUUCACGUGUAGAGAAACAUUUUAACAAAACAUGCAACCUGAAGAUUGGUCCGCUUUAUUAACUCCAGGUUUUUUCAAAUCGCUUAGCUGUCUACAUAGGGAGACCAUUGCCCCUGUUGUAUUAGGACAUUAAAAGGCAAAACCUUUCCUAUGCUAACAUUACAAAAAAGCUUGUUUCAAGCUCUGUUGUUUCAAGUCACUGUCCCAAUAGCCAUAGAUUCAAAACUGUUUGUUAACCCUGUGCAGAUUUACAUAAGAUUACACAAAAAGUUGUUAAUUAUAUUUUAUUUUUGAUUUUGGUAAUUGUAAGGCCUGGUGCCAACUCGUAAUGAUGAUUUUCUACCAUUGUUGUAAACCUGUUUUGUAUAUAAUACUGCGUUGAUUAUAAAUGUAAAUUAAAUUUUUUUGCAAGCUGAAUAUACAAUUAUGAAUAAGAAUUACUGGAAUAAUUGAUAGACAAGUAGUAAAUGGGA